AUGCGAGGCUUGUCACUGCAUAUAAAAUACAACUACUAUAUUGACUAUGCUGAUAUUCCAGAUUCUCCGUAUGCUAUUCAAGUUGACAUUAGCUGCUGCCAGGGGAUGCCCAAAACCUAUUUCCCAGGCGUGCAACGAGGUUUGAGGAAGAAUCCAAGACCACCGUUGCCGGUCUGCUCUCCGUGCCCUCUCCCUGCUCGUCACGUAGACGUGACUUUCAACAGGGAAGAAAACCCGGAUGCCGAUUUUGAUCAAAGCGACUUGUUAUUGGAUCUCCAGAUCGCCCGCUGGAUAGGGGGACAAAAGCCGACAGUCACGUUACCGGCGCAAAAAGUAUACGUGGGAUCUAUUGUCUCUUUUUCCCCUAUAAACACUCUCUACUCUGGAUAUAUGCUGAACGAAGGGACGGAGAAGACGGAAGCUGAGGCUUACCUCCCCCGAACACACGACGACAAGGGGAGAGAAUACGCAGACGAAUAUACGCCCUUCCCUCGCCUCGCCCUGCCUCAUAUCCAAAUCUCCCCCCCUCCCACCUCAACCAAGCCCAAUCGAUCCCCCGUGGUCGAGCGGUAUAACGCCCUGGCGGGAAGGAAGGUACGCCCGCCCGCCUAUAUGAUAACCCUCGGCAACCACCUCAGUCUUUCGAUAAGGUUCCCCGUAUCACACAUAUCUCGCACAUACGUAAUUAUCAUCAUCCUACCGACAACAUCCAAGGAGCCGCCGAGGCUUCUGCAGGAACAUCAACACGGAACAGUCAUUGAGGAUGUAUUUAUUUGUGCAGCAGCGUCGUUUCCGCCCGAAAGGGGAACCGACCGACCGGCCUAUACGAAGCCUGACGCCAAUGAUAUGAUCGAGGGAGGUGGUGGAGUACCAUCUGUAGAUUUGCCCCUGAAACAAGUCUAA